AUGGUAUCCUCUACCGUUGCGCUGGCCUUCCUUCUGAUCUCAUGUGGAACCGCUCAAUAUGCCAAUUACAACUACAAUCAUAACUAUUACGGCAACUAUUAUCAGCACCAUCCCGGAAGCUACUACAACUACUAUGGACAGAGAAGCUACUACUAUCCACCAUAUACGAACUACUACGGACCCCAACGAUACCACUAUCCGUACUACAGCAGCUAUUAUAGCCAGCCGGCGUCAAGCGGGUAUAGCGGAAGUUCUACGUACAGUUCGGGAAAGAGCGGUGUGUUAUUGGGAAACGAGAUGGCUGGGAUGUGGCUGGUCUGCCAUAACUGUGGGCGGGGGUAAAACCCAAGAGUUAAUGAAGAUUUGAAUCCAAAAAUUUGUUGAUAGAUUCCUGUAACAUUAAUAAAAGAAUAUUUGUUAAUUUGAUGGACUAUUUUUGGGAGGAAGAUUUCAUCAGCGUAAUAAUAAGGCUUAACGAGAAGAGUGCUAUUACAGCGCCCAGACUUUGACGAAACAUGACACAAGUUUUAAGUAAACUUCUUCUAGACAUCUGUAUGACUCCUAGCUAGCGAUAUUUUGGAUGUGAAUGCAACACGUGACAACAGAAAUCCUGCAGAAAAAGGUUCACGCGCAAAGUUAACCAAAAAUAGAAACACCAUACAUAGAUUGAGAACAAAUGAGUAGUAUUCCGAACCAGGCAUCAAUGGCUAUGACAUGCGAAGAUCGGACAUCCCGCAAGGCGUCGUUCUGAUAUUUCAUGCGGCUGAUUAUUUCUCAUAGCUUCGAACUACCACAUCUCAAUUUCCAACAGUUUUACUUCGCGCCUUCCAGCAGCGGCCGGGAUAUUAGCCUGCCAUGUUUCCAAGACAGCAAAUAAAAUGAUAAUAAUCGGUCAGUCGAGGAACAGUUUUUGGCCAUGACUUACAAUAGUAAUUGGACCUGGAAUUUUCAAGCAUAAAAAAGCAAAAAUAAAAUAAAUUUUUUUACACCUCUUGAUCAAAAAAUCUCGGUAAUUUCUAGACAGCGCGAGCUAGGGAUCUCGCCUACAAACUCCAAUCAAUUGGUAAGACUUACCUUGCAAGAGAAAUCUCUUAAAAAAGGUAUCUAUGGCACCAACUAACUCCUUGGUACACAUAGACACUUCUCCAUGACGUUGUUUUAUGUCACGUUCCUAAAUUCCCCUUUCUCUUUCUAUCACCCUAAACAGCUCUGGAAACAUUGCUCCAUUGGCUUUUCCCAAUUUUCUCCCAAAAAUUCGGACUUUCGUCUUUGAUCCUGCUGCAAUUUUUGCCGCUGAGCUCGACCGUAUCCCGGCUAUCCGGCUCUUGCAUUCUCGUUGCGUGGCGCGACCAUAAACCACAAUUUUUAUUUUCUUCUUCGUCUUUAGCGCUGUUGAUCUCGCGCUAUUUUUGGUGCGAGUUCGGCUUCCUUUCCUCGGAUAAAUCGUCAAUGGCGAGGAAUCGAGUUUUCGCGAGGGAAUGGUUGAGUCAUGGAGAACGCCGAGACUGGGUUCAAGCGUUCAACGGUGGAGAUAUUGAGGGAUCUCCUGCGUUCGAAAAGCCUUAG